GACCACAGUAGGUGUAGUCUGAACAGAAACAAUGCGUUCUUUGAAGUAGAAAUUACAGCAUCCGUCUGCCCGAUUUCUCCAUUAUUUGAUAUACACAUGCCAGUGGAGGUAUAGAGCCUAAAGUUUCAGGUUCAACAAACAACCUGAAGAUGGCGUCACAAGCUCAAGACGUCACAUCGACCUGUCUGAUAUGUUUUGAGACAAGACCCCUGAAGAUAGUAGCGAACUGCAAACACAGCUUCUGCACGGAAUGCCUGUCAACUGUCCUUGAUAGCCUUGAAAGUGGAAGUGAGGUGUUCGCCUGUCCGUCUUGUAAAGUUGAGUGUCCACGACCUUGGGAUGGUGUGAAUGGAAUGGUGGAUUUCACAGGGAAUAUGGUAGAUGCGGUAGACACCGACACGGAACGUGCGGUUGUACCUGAGGAAGAUGAAAAAGAACGCCAAGAACAAGAAACGAUUGAGAAUGCCGCAGGUGAUGUCAUAUGUGAUCUUUGUGAUUACAGGCAGAAGAAAGUGCCAGCAGUCAAUAUCUGUUCAGAGUGUGACAAUCUGAACAUCUGCAAAGACUGCUCUCAUGCCCAUGGUAUGAAUAAGGCCACCAAAAAACAUAUCUUGACAUCAUUACUGUCGAAAAGGCAAGGUAAAGUACCUUUGUGCAAAAUGCACCACAAACUACUCAUUCGUUUUUGUCUAACCUGCAAGGAACCAGUGUGUAAGAUUUGUGUCUUGCUUGAUCAUGGUGAUCAUGACAGUGAACGACUUGCAGAAACCAUCUGGUCAAAGGCAGAGGAGGUCAGGGUCAUUCUGGAAGCGCACGGGGUACAGAGGAAAGACUUGCAACAACUUCAGAAGGAGUUAACUCUGCUGAACACCAAGGCACCAUUGGUUGACAAGCGGGCCAUCCUGAUCAAAGAAAUCGAGGACCACGCACAGAUGUGCAUUGACCAGAUCAUCACAUGGAAAGAGCACUUGAAGAAACAAGUCCAAGUUGAUUACAAACUUAUCCAGCACAUUCCUGUUGGUUUGGAGAGGGUCUCAAAGAUGGUUCAGAAGCUGGACAGGUCGAUCGACAUGGCAGCUCACUUGCUAUCAGAGAUCGAGGAGCACCCUGUGUACCUUGAAAAACUACUAUCAGUCUCAGUCCAACAAGAAUUGCAAGCCAUUCCGCAGACAGAACAUGGCACUGAGGAAAAGAAAUAUCAGAAUCGGCUCUCGAAAUUAAACUCAGAUAACUACUUCUUCUGCCCAAAGACUGUCCAGCCUAGUUAUGGAAAUAUAGAGAAAACUCCGGAGAUGACUGGUUUUGAACCAAAGGAAAUCUUCCGUCAUGAAAUGCAGGUCGUUUCAGAGGACAUGGGCAUUCCAUGUGUUGCUGUCCUUAGCCAAAAGUAUUAUGCUGUCGCUCAUCCAGUAAAACCUGACCAACCAGCAGAGGCAAUUGACAUCUACGAGUUUCCAGGGACACUGAAAAAUACACUUAGAGAUCACGUCCCUCCGCUGUAUGAUAUGUCUGCCGACCCUGAUGGUAAAAUUGCUGUCCUCUCUGAUGGUACAGGGGGUGAAACCUCCAGUGUCAAGUUGUUUGAUCCUGAGACUGGCUACAUCAGCUCCACACGGGACAUCCAUCUUACUAAACCUCGGUCACUCGGAGUUACCUUGCAGAAUGAGUAUGUUAUCCUUAGUCAACAGUCAGUAGAAAAACCUGCAACUGAUAAUGCUGUAGAUAAAGAUGGGGUCGCUGAAAUACCUGUGAUUGAUGAUGAGGCAAAUGGACCGAUCACCACUGUGGAUAAAGAUAGGGAUGCAGAAAAACUUGCAACUGCAUGUGCUGAUGAUGAUGACGAAGAUGACGAUGAUGACGAAGAUGACGAAGAUUUUCAGUUGCAGAUGACCAUUGUGGAUAAAGAUGGAGUUGUGAAACAUAACCAUCCUCUGACUGAUCAAGGGGUUGAUGAUGCCAAAUUUUGCACCAGGAUAACUUGUGGUGGGAAGUUCAUCUUUGUAAAUGGAUACUAUAACGUUUCUGUCUAUGAGAUACAGGACACCGGACUACAGAGAAUAACAACUUGUCCUCCAAAAGGCAGUGCCAUGGGAACUGCGAUGGACAUAUCAGCAACAAUGUGGGACAAUCUCUUUCUAAUUGAUUUUAUUGGUGCAGAAGGGGAAACAAUUGAAUGUGUUUAUCUGAAUCGUCUCCAGGAUAAAGAAAACAAAUUGGAAUGGAAAGAGUUGGAUUGUAAGAGAGCACACGAGAACGUUAGAGGAGCAGACAAUGAAGCCAGGGUUUCCACAAGAGAUGGUCACAUAGUUGUCAUGUCACACGGUCAGACAAUUAAAGUGUUCAAGUGCUGAUAGCUGAUACUAUCAAAGAUAGGGUUCCAUGCCAGAUUAGCCCUCAUGAUGUCACCUUGGAAUUCAUUGGAUCGGUUGUUACUGUGAACCUUGAGAUGUUUGCGACUUCAGUAGAACUUCCCUGAUAAGGGCGCCUAAGUCGCAAACAGUCAUCAGUGCCGGUGUUUUUGAGUGUUUCCAUUUGAUUAUUUGGGAAGUGUUUCCUAUCAUUGUUUGGGAAGGCUACAAUAGGUGUCUCCAGCUGGAUUUUGUUUGAAACUCGGAGUGGAAUACGGGGAACAACCAAAAACGUUACACCGGCAUGACAAUUAGACGAAUCCUUCUUUUAUUGCAUAAAAUCUUUGUUGGUGCUGUCACAAUUGAGAUAUAAGUGUAGUACUUUUAUGAAAAAACAUCCCCAUGUAAAAAAUGUAGAGUUAAAAUCUCUCCCGCUAAUGCGCGCUGACAGGUACAAGCCAAAGUGCAAUGGCCAUGCCGGAGAUAUCUAUAGAUGAUCUGGAAAUAAGUGCAUUAAUACCACACAAACCAAUCAACUGUACCAAUGUCGAUUUCUUGGCUCCACGGAGAUAGUGGGAGCAUGGGUACGCAUCUAACAUGUGUUACUCUAGUGUAUGUUUGUAGGUCAAAUCUAAAAGUUUGAUCCCCUCACAUAGCAGGCAUUUGUUUCACUUCGGAAAUACACUCACACAGUGGGACUGAGUGUAUUUCAGGAAUGAUAGAAAGGCCUUCAAUAGGAGGAUGAAGGUUGACACGAAUUGUAUCAUUCACAGGCUAAGGUUCAUAGAAUCUGUGAUGGUCUGUGGUAGAAUCUAUGAUGAUUAACACAAACUAUGCUUUAUAUAGGAUCCAAUGAACGUUUUAUGAAAAUGGGUCAUCAUAGCAAGUACAGUUUGACACUAUUCAGCCCCGUACCAAAAUUGCAAGUUGACCGGUUCCAAAUUGUCCCACUAGGGCAACUUUGACUUCUCUUGACCAAUCGUAUCCAAUACUCAAAUCUGAGACAAGACCACUAAUGAAUAUUCAUAGGUUGGAGGGUCGAGGCCUAUCAAUUAGACGAGUGCAUGUUUUUAACUCUCAAGUACAUAUUUCGAGAGGUAUUGAAAAAAUAUUUGCUGUGGCAAGUCUACAGAUAUAAAGAAAUUAUUUGAUGAAAAAAUUAAUUUCGAAUUUUGCUAAUUUGGUAAUAGGGGGCGUGUUUUGAGUUUUUUCUGCCAGUUGGCUGAAAAGAGUGGAAAUAUCAAAGUCUGUCUAAUUUGUCGAUUAUAAAAAAAUUUCCGUGGUCAAUCACCAGUUUAUUUUUCACCAUUUACUUGCCCGACUGUCCGGAAUAACAUAAUCUAAAUUUCAGAUUCACAACACCACGCGUUAUUUGAUGCGUCGCGGUCAAACAUUGACAAUUUAACUGCUAAAAGGCUUAAAAAAUCAAUUGUGGUCUUGUCUCUGACCAAUCGUAUCCAAUACUCAAAUCUCACGCAAUCACAUACAUGUAACACCUGAUUUGCCCUAGUGAGAAGGCAGGGAACCAAUUGAUCUGUAGUAACAAGAGGUCCACGGGCCAGCUGCCUAGCGCUCAGCUGAAUGUAGAGAUGCUCAGGUUUCUUUCCAGGGAACCAAUCAAUAUGUCAUAAAAACGUUUAAAUGUAAACUUACGUAUCUCGCCGCUGCUUCUGCUGCUGCCGCCUGUUGCUAGAAUGAGAAAUUAAAAGAUUUGUAAACACUUUGUGACAAUAUUUAUCAUUCAUCAUUCGUUUCUAAACAUUUGAUUGUACAAUGAAAAUUCAGCAAGAAAUCUUGAUUUUUGAUCGCUGUCAGAAUAUCUUAGUUAUACACUCUCCUCCAUAAAUGACAGCUUUACUAUCUAAAAUCAUUACGAAAUUCUGACAGCUGUCUAAUUUCCUUUCGUGGUCUUCUCUGGUCAUUGCUUGAGGCAAGUUUGAUUUCACGACUGGAAUCUGAAAAGUAGGCCAAAAGAACAAUGCCAUACAUGAUAUUUUGCUACAUCGAAUAUGUAUCUUGCAAACAUUCUAUAAACUUACAACCGGCUGAAAAUAUGUUUGUGAAAAAUUUGCCUCCAUAGCAAAACUAGGCAAUCUAUAUUCAACCAAGUUAGGAGCCACCGCCAACGAAUGUAAAAAAUCAAAGGAACUAACCAAACUCUCAAGCCACAACACAAUUACUGAACAUGUUUUCUGGUCUUUGAGGAAGAAAAUUGCCUACAGCUUUUAGAGUUGUAAUCACUUUGUUGCUUUUAUGUACCGCUUCGCCUGCAUUCUGUAAUAACAUGCUGUAUUGGGUAAUAAAAUCUUUG